CUUGACUUAAGACGGAUGAAUUCCAAACAUCCUCGCGUCCUUGUUGGAGUUUCUCUGACUUCUACAGCAUGCUGAGACAUUGCUUCCAUACACAACCCAUGAGGCUUUCGUGUGUGUGUGUGUGUAGUGUGCGCGCGUGCAUGUAGGGGAUCGGGGGUUGUCCCUAGAUUUUGGAUUCCAGGAGUGUAGACAGCCGAAGUGCCUUGAGUCAGCGAAGAAGCAGCCAUGGAGUUGACCUCAGUCGCUGAACCAUCCAAGGAGGGCAAGACGGAGAAUGUGGUUGAAGAGAAGAAACUUGGGGACACUGCUGAGAAAGAGGAACCAAGCCCAGAAGAGCGUGAGCCCAAUACCAUCAUCCUUCUUUGGCUUUGCUGUGUGAGCGCCUUGGAGGGGAUGGAUACCCAAUUGGUUCCCGCUUGUCAGUUCGCCUUGCAAAGAGACUUGGGCUUGCAACUGGGCCACUUUGCCGUCCUCACCACGGUGCAGAUGGUUCUCACCAACUUGGCUGCCCCAUUCUGGGGAAUCCUGGCUGAUCGUGGCACUUUGCAGAAGAAGACCAUUUUGAUGCUGGGAGCCAUUGGAGAGGGUAUCGCAGUCACCGUGUUUGCCUUCGUUCCUAACUUCUGGGUGAUGAUGUUCUUGCGGGGCAUGAGUGGCUUCUUCCUUGCAUCCUUACGACCAGUUUGCAAUGGUCUGAUUGCAGAUCUUACCAGUGACAACAAACGUGGCAAGAUCUUUGGGCGAGUGCAAAGUGCUCUGCUCAUUGGCAUGUUUUGCUCGUUGCUCAUUGCUGGAAACGUGGCAAACACAUUUGUGGGGGAAAUCCCUGGCUGGCGCUUUCUCUUUGCAGGUGCUGGCUUGGUUGCCUUCAUUGUGGCAGCAGGAUUGGCAGGUUUCCUGAAGGAACCUCCUCAUGAGUUGGACCAGUCCGCAAAAGCCAAAGGCUGCGCAGCCGUGCGGACCGAGCUUUGCACAGUCUUGAGCUUUUUGCGCAUUCCCACCUUCUGUGUGAUGAUCAUGCAAGGAGUGUUUGGCACAAUUCCAUGGAGCGUCAUGGGCAACAAUCUUCUGUUCUUCAAGUUCUGUGGUCUGGAAGAUUGGCAGGCCAGCAUUUUGGCAGCUGAGGGAACUGUCGCGGGGGUCUUCGGCAACAGCGUCGGAGGCAUGAUUGCAGACUGCCUGGCCAGACGUUUCGGGUAUCAUGGAAGGCCUCUCAGUGCACAGAUCACGGUUGCCGUCGGAAUCCCCAUGGUUUUUUCUGCAAUUCUACGGCAUCCCACCAGGUGAGGGCACUUUUGGUGUGUACUUUGCCCUCAUUGCAGCAUUUGGCCUAUUGGGUUCCUGGGCACAAUCUGGCACGAACUUUCCCAUUCUCUCAGACAUUGUGCCUGCCAGCGACCGGAGCAAGGUCAUGGCGUGGGAAUGUGCCAUGGAAAACUCCUUGGCAAAUGCCAUUGGUCCGUCUUUGGUUUCUACCUUGGCCUUUGCUUUUGGCUACAAGUUUGGGGCUGAGGAGAUGUCCGGAAAGUCUCUCUCUUCAGCAAGGGCACUUGGGCAGGCAAUGGCUGCAACUAUUUGCAUUCCUUGGAUGAUUACCCUAGCGGCCUACACCCUUCUACAUUGGAGCUAUCCUCGCGAUAUGCGCCGGCUGCGUGCCAAGCAGGCAGCCAAGGAGGAGGAGCGCGUCUGAGCGGAGUCGGCGUAGGAAGGGUAGGGCUUCAUGCGCCAAGAUAUGGGAUUUGUGUCCCUUCUUUUGAGACACACCCAUUUCCCACUCAGGCUCCGGCAGGUUUCCUUUGAAGGGUGUUGCCAAAACUUGCUGUGCAACGUGUGCAACCAAUUCGGAGGCACGAUGCAUGGUGCGAAAGUCAGAGAUCUGACCCGCCGCUUUCUAAUUCGAUGGGUUUUCAGCUAUGGGGAUUGACUUUGUUUUUUUGUUUCGGCCGAGCCCCCUUCAGUUUUGCAACGUGAAGUCGUACCCCAAAGCUGUGAAUUCUGGCAUCACAAGGGGAUGUCACAUCGGUGGUGGCAGAUUGCAGCCUCAUCCUGCGCUUCCUGCACAAACGCGGGAAAACCAGGAUGAAUCCUGAUUUGUAUACAGUAGAGCUUUGUAAAGAGUUCUGAACGCCUCAAGAUGAGUCUGUUCAGCUUCCAACAUGAGGGAAGUGACCACCGAUGCGGGCACGAUGCAGUUCACUGCUUUCGCGGCUCAAUCGGUGCUCAUCUCCGCCAUGGCUUUUGCUCUCGCUCUCUUUUGAAAUGGACUUUCGCCGAAAAACUCGAAACACGCAUUGGAA